AUGGAUUUGACUGUUGAACCAAAUUUGAAGUCUCUGAUUACUUCUUCUACUCACAAAUGGAUUUUCGUUGGUGGUAAAGGUGGUGUUGGUAAGACGACGUCUUCUUGUUCGAUCGCCAUUCAGAUGGCUCUUGCUCAACCACACAAGAAGUUUCUGUUGAUUUCUACUGACCCUGCGCAUAACCUGAGUGAUGCCUUCGGAGAGAAGUUCGACAAGGAUGCCAGGAAAGUCACCGGUAUGGACAACUUGUCCUGUAUGGAGAUUGAUCCUUCUGCUGCAUUGAAGGACAUGAACGACAUGGCUGUCUCCAGCGCAGGCGAAAACGGUAACGACGACUUGGGAGGACUGCUACAAGGUGGCGCUCUAGCCGACUUGACUGGUUCUAUCCCAGGUAUUGACGAAGCUCUAUCAUUUAUGGAAGUUAUGAAACACAUUAAGAAGCAAGAACAAGGUGACGGUGAAAGUUUCGACACUGUUAUCUUCGACACGGCUCCAACUGGUCACACACUGAGAUUUUUGCAAUUGCCAACAACUCUAUCGAAACUACUGGACAAGUUUAGCGAGAUCACUGGUAGACUAGGCCCUAUGUUGAACUCCAUGAUGGGUUCAGGUAACGUUGACAUUGCUGGCAAACUAAAUGAGCUGAAAGCCAAUGUUGAAACCAUUAAAGAGCAAUUCACCGACCCAGACCUAACCACUUUUGUCUGUGUCUGUAUCAGUGAAUUUUUAUCCCUUUACGAAACUGAAAGAUUAAUCCAGGAACUUAUCUCCUAUGACAUGGAUGUUAACUCCAUCAUUGUAAACCAAUUGUUAUUUGCGGAGUUCGACCAAGAACAUAACUGUAAGAGAUGUCAAUCGAGAUGGAAAAUGCAAAAGAAGUACCUUGACCAGAUUGAUGAGUUGUACGAGGAUUUCCAUGUUGUCAAAAUGCCUCUAUGUGCCGGUGAAAUCAGAGGUCUAAAUAACUUGAAGAAGUUCUCCCAAUUUCUAUUCAAGGAAUACGACCCAGUCGCUGAUAACACAGUCAUCUACGAGCUAGAAGAAAAGAACUGA